AGUUGUGUGUCUCAUGUUUACGUGGAAAACAUGGCGGCGGAGUACCAACAAGGAGACAGCACUCAGUGAGCGAGAGUCCGCCCGUCUCCGGCAGCGAGCGGCAGGGAGACACUUUUAACUCCAGGGCUUUUCCGGUCGCUGGUUGUUUCGCAUGAAGCAGCUUCUCUCCCGUUUCCGCCACAGGCCCCGCGGUGAUGGAGGACGAGGAGCGGCAGAAGAAGCUGGAGGCCGGCAAGGCUAAGCUGGCAGAGUACCGCCAGAGGAAAGCUCACGCCGACUCCCAGAGGAAUCAGAAGAGGAAGAAGAAAAAGAGGACAACGGAGGAUUCAGAGGGUGAUGCACAGUACGACCCCAAUCAGUCUGCAGAGGUGGAGGACUUCCCAGUUGGAGGACGAGAUGGAGAACGAGAGGGAACUAAAGACCCCCCCACCACGGAGUUUACCUUCGCAAGGACGCUGCGAAGCGGACAGACUGUCCAGCAUGAUCAGACCUACACUAUAGAGCCGGAGAGUGAAGUGUCCACUACUGCUGAAGAUUAUUCCUCAGAGGUGAAUGGAUGCCACGAUGAGAUGUCAGAGAAUCUAAUGAUGUCUGCGAAGGAUUUUUUCUGGGAGGAGGUUGAGUCCCUGCCACAGGUGACAAAAGGAGGUACAAUGCAGGACGCACUUGCUGCCAAGACCCAGGCAGUGGAGGAGCUGAGUCCGGAGGAAAUCAGAGCUGCCUUUGGUACAGAAGGAGUGCAGCAGCUGCAGGAUUUUGAAGCUGCUUUGAAGCAGCGGGAUGGCAUCAUCACGCAGCUCACAUCAAACCUUCAGCAGGCCCGCGAAGAGAAAGACGAGAUCAUGAAAGAAUUCCUGCAGCUGACAGAGCAAAGUCAAAAAUUACAAAUUCAGUUCCAGCAGCUGCAGGCAGGUGAAACACUAAGGAACACCAGCCACAGCAGCACUGCAACUGGUCUUCUGCAGACCAGGCAGCAGCUUGUCCAGUACCAACAGCAACUGGAGGAAAUGAACGUGGAGUCCAGAAAGCAUCAGGAGAGGAGCAGUGAACAGCAAGAGCACAUCAGCCAGCUCCAACACAAACUCAAUGAGAUGGAGAUGUCAGGACGAAGAUCGGAAGAGUCCUUUACACAGAAGAUGAACAAAAAGGACCUGCUGAUUGCUGAACAAGAAAAAGUCCUUGCUGGUCAGGAGCAGCUGGUGAUGGAGUUGAGAAUGGCCGAGGAGUCUUUUGUACAAACACUGGAAGAGAAAAGUCUGUUUAUAUCAGGGCAAACUGCAAUAAUCACGGAGCAUGAGAGGUCAUUAACCCUGCUCAGAGAGGAACUGGCUCUUGUGGCAAGGACUUCAAAUGAAAAUAUUAUACAGCAAUCAGACGACAAAGACUUGAUCAUAGCAGAGCAAGAGAGGGUCAUUUCAGAACGUGACGGCUCUCUCUCACAGCUCGAGGAUGAGCUUGAGACCUCUGAAAAACGCCUGCGUGAUAUCCAGCAGCGAAUGGACGCAAAAGAAUCAGAGCUUGAAAAAUGUCUGGAAGAGUUGGAGAGCACCAAGUCUGACUUGGAGAGCCGAAAGGGUGAAAUGGAGAGUUGUAAAUUAGAACUGGAGAAUGAGCGAGCAGAGUUGGAAAAUUGUAAGGGUGAACUUUCAAGCUCCAGACAGAAAGAGCGAAUGUCUUCAAAUGAAAUCAUGCAGCUCAUGGGCACAGUGGAGGACCUGCAGAAACGCUGUCACCAGGGCAGCCUGACUGAAAGUGACGCAAUCCAAAAAAUGCAGGAAGAGACUGGAAAGAAGCUCGAAGUUCUGAGGGCAGAGCUGGACGAGAUGUACGGCCAGCAAAUUGUCCAAAUGAAGCAGGAGCUUAAUUUACAAAAUGCUGCGAAAGUGAAGCAAAUGACUGAGCUACAUAGUUCUGAGCUCGAGCUUUUGAAAGCACGAUUGUCUCAAAGCUCCACUUUUAGCGCUGCUGAGGUGGACAGUCUCAAUGCUAAGAUUAAGGAGCUUCAGGAGAAAGUAGAUAAAUCCCAAGCAAUGCAUGAUGAAACCAUACACGAGCUACGCCAAGUCUCCCAAGAAAAACUCCACCUGCAGGUCAAGGUCGAGGAUCUUCUUCAGGAUCUUUGUUCCGCUAACGAAAAAGUGGAGCAGGUCUCCCACAGUCUUAUCUCUCAGGAAAGCCAACUGGGUGAACUGCAGCGCCUCCAGGAGACGAUUGACGGUCUGAUGAGCGAGCUGGCCGCUGCCCGGGAAGCUGCUCAAGACGCAGAAACUAAACAUGAAUCAGAAGUAACCAACUACAAGAUCAAGUUGGACAUGCUAGAAAGGGAGAAAGAUGCUGUACUGAACCGCAUGGCCGAGUCUCAAGAGGAAGAGCUGGACCGGCUCAGGACUAAGCUUCUGUUCAGCCAUGAGGAAGAGCUGACCCAUCAGCGGGAAGAAUUGCAGAGGGAGGGCUUCAUGAACACAGAAAACCUUCUCAAUGAAGCUGCUGUCAAACACGAGCGAGCGUUGCAUGAGCUGCGUGUUAGUUACGAAGAAGAGCUGCUUCUGUCACGAAGAGACAAGGCAAAUUUUGCCACAGAGCGAGAUGAGCUUUUGCACCAAAUUCUUGGCCUGAAAGAAGACCUCAAGCUGGCUUUGCACAGCUCCAGAGCAGAUGAGCUUGUCCAGCAGCUCAAAGAGCUUCAGGUGGAGAUCGAGGAACUGAGAAAGGGAGGAGAACAACGAGCUAGAAUGGAAAAUGAAAUUCAGACGUUACGAGAAAAGAAAGAAGUGCUGCGAAAACAGACAAGAGACAAAGAACAAUCCUGGGAGAACAAGUGGAAAGAGCAGGAAUUAGAAAAGACAAGCUUAAUGGAAUCUAAUAACACUUUAAAAGAAGAGUUGGACGCAAACUUUUUGGAAAUUGAGACACUGACAACAGAAAAUAAUAAAAUUCAGCAGAUAGUAGACGAGCUCAGAGAGAAAAUAGAAAACCAGAGGACUACUUUCUCAUUCGCCGAAAAGAACUUUGAGGUCAAUUACCAGGAGCUAAAGGCGGAGUACAUGUGUCUCAUUGAGGCAAAGACAAAGUUUGAAGAGAGGACACUGAAGGAGACACAUGAGUCAGCAGCGAAAAUGGCCAAUCUUCAGUCACAGAUUCGGGAUCUGGACGAGAGCGGCGGAGAUAUUAAAUUGGAGGAUAUGAAAAAGGAGAAUGAAGCUUUGGUCAAAAAAGUUACUACUGAGCUAAUGGAGAAACUGAAUGUUACUUUGGGUGAGAAGGAAAUCCUGGCUGGGAGGGUUUCGGAAGUUACAGAGAAACUCACGUUCACAGAGAGCAAAGUGGGGCAGCUGGAGGACGAGCUGAUGAACGUGAGAAAAGAAAACGCGAAGGUCAUGGCCCAGAAUGAAAGCCUAGGAAAAGAACUGGAAAAAGAACAAGAGAUUAUAAGAGAGCAGGCGAAGGGGCAGGAUGCCCAGAGAAAAGCUAAGCUCCAGAAAGAAGAGGAAGCUGCUGAGCCAGUUAGUUCUUUUGAGGAUCAUCACUCUGAGAUUCAAUCUCUGCGAGAGGAGAUAAGGGCUCUUCAGUCCCUGCUGCGGACAGCUGAAGCUGAGAGAGACAACAUCAAGCAGACCCUGGAUCUCGAGAAGCUUUUGCAGACUAAUGCAGCGGCAGUCCAGUCUUUGGGGGAGGGACCUGUGGAAGGACGAUCCUCGCCACAGAAGUCCACAGCCUCAGGGUCAAACAGGCGCAAGAGACGGCAGAGGUCGAAGCAGGAGCGCAAAGUGGUCACUUCUCCGUCAGGCAGCAGAGAAGAAACGCAGAGGGAGGAGGAAGAGGAGGCAGCGGCGGAGGAAGAGAGAGCUGCGAGUGCCGCAGAGCAGGAGAAGCAGCCUCAGAUGGAGAGCCAGGUUAUGUCAUGUUCACAGGAGAGGGCCAGUAAGGAGACCUCCACUGACGGGUACCAGGGAGACGGAGGCAGAGGCUACAUCAACAAAUCGGUGAGCCAACAUGGGACUGAUGGCCAUCACACGGAGCCUGACGUGUGCCAGGGAGCCGAGGGCGGAGAGACAACCGAGCAUGGUGAGUGCCGGCUGCAGAUGGAGGCCCAGCGCAUCAGUCUGUCUCAGAUCCACGCCGCCCAUCUCGAGCUGCUGCAGGAAGAGACGGACGCCCGCACACACUCCCUGGAGCUGAAAUUGCGAAACCAGAAAGUUCACAGUGUCCAAGAUGAGCCAAAAUUCCUCAAAUAUCAGAACUUGUUUCAAGCCGUGUCAGAAGAAUGCAUUGAAAUCAUUCUGUCUUUUCGGAAGCUGUUUGGUGAAGAGUUUUUGGAAAGUGUUGAUCUGAGCUGGCAACCCCCUUCAGAGGAAAGACCAGAAACGAGUGAAUCCACCUCCAUUAUACAGGAGGCCAGAGAGCUAUACAGAGGUCUUCAUCAGGUGAGGGAGAGGAUUGAACAGGAGCAUCAGAGACUGUCACAGCUCCAGGCUCUGCUGAGGGUUGAUGGGAGCAAGAUGAUGGAACUGCAGAUGGAGUUUGAUGAACUGAAGAGCAGCAGUGAGAAGGAGAUUUCUGACCUACGUGUGCAGGUUGCCAGCUUUAACUCCUCCAGCAAAGAGGAGCAGGUUGGGGCACCACCUCCCUCCAUAGCCAGUGAGUUACAGAAGCUGAAGGUGGAGGCUCAGGAGAAGCAGCUCCUGCUGGAGGAGAGUCACAGGCAAGAGCUGGAGCUUCUCAGAGCUCACUACCAACAGCAGGCCACAGAGGCAGAGGAGCGAAACGCCACUGAGCUCUUCCUGCUGCAGCAGCAACUGCAGGAGACCACAAGCUCACAAACCUACUAUAGCCUGUUCACAGUUCCUGAGUCCAGCUCUGAGAGGACCGACGAGCGCAGCGAGGACCUAAAGUCUUCACAGGACCAGCUUGGACAAGAGUUAUCAGAGGGAGGUGUUGAGUUGAGUUUGUCUACCAGGUCCGCCGGCCUGACUGCACAGCUGCAGGCUCUGAGGAAAGCUCUCUACCACAAGUAUGUCCAAGAGGUGGCCACUCUGAAGGAGCAGCACAGCAGCGAGCUGAGGAGUCUGAGAGAGGACAAGGCGCAGGAGAGGCAAAGAGAGGAGCGUCAAGGAGAGAGGGAGCAGGAUUUCGGCAGUGCUGGGAGCUCCAGUGGGAGCCUUGGGGCAGCCGAGCAGGUCGUGCUGGAAGAAAAACAACACUGGGAUAGAGUCGAGGAGGAGGUUGCUAAAGCCAUAGUUCAGAUGUCAGUGGAGUUUGCACAGCAGACUGAGCUGGCUCGCAUCCAGCGUUCCUGCCAGACGAGUACCUCGAUGCAGACGCGGUCAUAUGAGGAGGAGAUGAAGGAGAGGGAGGACAAGCAGCCAGCCUCCAGGGCUUCAUUUUCCCAGGGCGCCUGGAUGGAGGAGGUGGAGAGGGAGAGACUGGAGAAGGAGCUGGAGGAGAGGAACGCCGAGAUCCGAAAAUUAAAGGAGGAGCUGCAGAGAAGUGAAACAGCACCUGAGCAGGCCCUAAAGAAGAGGAAGGACGAUCAGGAAGAAGCCGAGGAAGAGGAAGAUCCAGGUGGGACGCGAAUAAAGUUAUCCUCACAGAAUGAUGGAGAAUCUUCCGAUACGGACAUUGAAAGAAACCUGUUGCGUAAGGCCAAUGAGAAACUCACUCAGGUGCUGGUCGAUGUCCUGAAGACCACGGCAGCAGCAGAGGAAACUAUGGGCCUCCACAUGCAAAGUCGCUGUGAUGCUUCCAGUGAAGAGCAGCAGGCUGCACCGCCCCUCUCCACCUCACAGAGAGCAACCUGGCAGAAAGUUAACACACCGCCCUUCAGGCCUCAUGCUGCAGGUCACGCUGCUGACAGUUGCCAGGGCAGUGAGACCUCCACAGACGAUGUGAUUUCGUGGUCCGGGGAGACGGAGGCUGAUGGGGGUCUGGAGGAGUCCCAGAAGAUGAUGGAAACUCUGCUGCUGGGGGCGGGGACCCAGUUAGAGAACGAGGAACAUCUCAUGGGCAUCGGCAGCCGCCUCCAAACGGCUCUGGAGAAGAUGUUAAUGGCCAUCACAGACACCACCAACCAGCUUGAACAUGCCCGGAUGACCCAGACCGAGCUGAUGCGGGAGUCCUUCCGCCACAACCAGGAGAUGAGCGAGCUGAUCCAGAAGCAGGAGGAGCUGCAGGAGAGGGUCUCAGAGGAGUCCCGCGCACGGGAGCAGCUGGCUCUGGAGCUUCACCGCGCAGAGGGUGUAAUUGAUGGCUACACGGACGAACGGGCUGCGUGUGAGGAGCAGUUGCGUCAGAAGGCAGAGCUGCAGAUGAACCUUGAGCAAGAGCUGCAGGUUACAAGUAGCCGGCUGCAGGAGUUGGAGCAGGAGAGGCUUCAGAUGCAGGAGGAGCGGGAGCUGCUGUCACGCCAACAGGACGCUAUGAGGGAGAACGCCGGUCCACGUGAGCUUUGCCUAGUUGAAGCUGCAAUGGUUGCAGCACCUGAAGCAGACCUGCUGGAGGAGACAGAGAAGCUGAUGAAAGAGAAGGUGGAGGUCCAGCGUCAGGCAGAGAAGGAGAACACAGACCUCCUGAAGCAGGUGAAGCAGCUGGAGGCCGAGCUGGAGGAACAGGUCAACAGGGUGAUAGAGCUGGAGCAAGCUCAGAUGACCGAGAGCGGAGACCUGCAGCAACAGAUCCAAGCUCUGGAGAAACAGCUGGAGAAGAACAGGAGGUUCCUCGAUGAACAAGCUGUGGACCGAGAACACGAGAGGGAUUUCUUCCAGCAGGAGAUCCAGAAACUAGAGGAGCAGAUGAAGAGUCCACAGAAGCUUCAGACAGGCUCUGAGCAAAGAAACCGAGAGGUGGACCAGCUGACCUCCCAGCUGAAGGAGAAGGCGGAUUGGUGCAGUGAGCUGCUGCUCAGCUCGGAGCAGAUGCGUCGUGAGUUGGGAGAGCGCGACGAAGAGAUUGAAAAGCUGGAGAGCCGCAUCCGCGAGCUGGAGCAGGCCCUGCUGUCCAGCGCUGAUUCCCUGGAGAAGGAGGAACAAAAGAUACAGCAUGCAUCCAUCACUGAGACCAAACACCCAACACUGGAGGCUCAGUUACAGACGGAGAGAGAAGCUCUGGAGCGCAAAGAGAAAGAGAUCUGUAACCUGGAGGAGCAGCUGGAACAGUUCAGAGAGGAGCUGGAGAACAAGAGCGAGGAGGUGCAGCAGUUUCAAAUGCAGCUGGAGAUCCAGAGCAAGGAGAUCAGCAGCCAGCAGGAAUACCUAGAAACAAGGGACAGCUUGAUCCAGGUGAUGGAGGAGAAGGACAGGCAAAUAGCACUUCUUAAUGAACAGAUCACUAAGCUUCAACACACGGAAACAGCUUCUGAUAACAAGGAGAUUGAUGAGAGGGAUGAGCUGCUCAAAGACCUGGAGUCCCAGGUGGAAUGCCUGCGGAGUGAACAACAGCGUCAGAAGAGGAAUAAUGAAGAGGAGCUUGAGCAACUGAAUGCAGUCAUAGAAAAACUUCAGGAGGAACUGGCCAAUAUCGAGCAAAAGCAGGCUGCAGAGGAAGACGAGGACUUCAAGGGUGAGGCAGAGAGUGGCACGUGGGGGCCUGCUCAAGAGGACUAUGAUGAAAUGAAGCAGAGAAUGGACCUGACCACCAACGAGCUGGACACCCUGAAAACGGAGCACAGUAAACUGAAGAAGACAUAUCUGUGUUUUAAAGAGAGCACGCACGCUUUGGAAGAAGCCGAAAAACUGGGUAGUUCCGAGGGCGAGUUUGAAGAAGCUCUGAGAGAGAAAACUGCAGGUCUCGUCGUCAUGCAGGCCCAAGUUCAAGCUCUGGAGCAGAGUGCAACGUCCAGGGUGGAGGAGUUAGGACUCCGUAUCCGGGAGCUGGAGGACCUGGUCGUCGAAAAAGACGCUGAGUUAAGCCGCAGUCGCCUCGUUAUGGGGCAAACUCAAAGCGAUGCAGAUGGUCUCCAGCAGAGGGUGUCUAACCUGGAGGGAAAUCUGAGGGAGAAAAUGGCCUCAGCGCUGGUCAGCCAAGCCACCCUGGAGGCCUUCCAGCAGCAGCACCAGGGAUCCAAAGAAAACCAGGACAUACAGAGACAAGCAGAGACGCAUGUGAAGCCCGAUGACGAUCCCCAUGUACACGACUUUGGUGACUUUGGUAUUCCCAAAAUGGGUUUCAGCGGACUUGGCCAAGGGAGACACGUUUCCACCGGGAAGGUGGUGCAUCUGACCCAGAAACUUAUGGAGCUGGAGGUGGGACUCAGUGGGAUGCAGAAAGACCAGGAGCUCCAGAAGCAGCUGCUCUCCAGCUCUGAGGAGGAGGUGCUGGAGUACGAGAGGAGGCUGGCCGUGCUCAUGGACCUGCUGAGUCAGAUGAAGGCCAGGACACACCAGAGGUCUUCACCGGCUGUGGAAGUAAGAGUUCAGCCAGCCUCCUCUGCUGGUUGCCAGCCAUCAGUGUCAGGACUUGUUCAGGAGUUGCAGGAGGUUAAAAAUGAGACCUCGGCCACCAAGCAGCAGCUUGACAGCUACAACAAGAGCAGCAGCAGACUCCAGGAGGAGCUCCAAGAAAAAACUGCAACAUUAGAGAGACUACAGGAACAACUUCAAAAGGUAUCAUCUAGUGACAGUGGGCAAGUCAAGCUUCAAGAGGAACUCAUGGAGGCUCAAGAGGAGGCAGCAGCUGCCAAAGAGGAGCUGAACAGCUGCCAGGAGUGUUUGGAGAAGCUGCAGGAGCUGCUGCAGGAACGGGAAAUGACCAUUGCUCACCUCAAAGGAGAACUUUUCCAAGUAAAAUCUGUAGAAGAAUCUGACAGGACAGAGUUUCUACAGGAGCUGCAGGAGGUCAGAGAAGAUGUGGCAUCCACCAAAGAGGAGCUCAACAGCUCCAGGCAGCAGAAUGAGAAACUACAGGAAGAGCUUCAAGUCCGUGAACUGUCAAUAUCCAAGCUCAAAGAGGAGCUCCAGCAGUUGGUAAAGGAUGUGGAUUCCACCAAAGAAGAGCUCAACAGCAACAGGCAGCAGAAUGAGAAACUACAGGAAGAGCUUCAAGUCCGUGAAGUGUCUAUUUCUAAGCUCAAAGAGGAGCUCCAGCAGCUGAUAAAAGAAGUGGAUUCCACCAAAGAAGAGCUCAACAGCGACAGGCAGCAGAAUGAGAAACUGCAGGAGGAGCUCCAAGUCCGUGAACUGUCUGUUACUAAGCUGAAUGAGGAGCUCCAGCAGAACAGGCAGCAGAAUGAGAAACUGCAGGAGGAGCUCCAAGACCGUGAACUGUCUGUUUCUAAGCUGAAUGAGGAGCUCCAGCAGAACAGGCAGAAUGAGAAACUCCAGGAGGAUCUCCAAGUCCGUGAACUGUCUAUUUCUAAGCUCAAUGAGGAGCUCCAGCAGAACAGGCAGCAGAAUGAGAAACUGCAGGAGGAGCUCCAAGUCCGUGACCUGUCUAUUUCUAAGCUCAAUGAGGAGAUCCAUCAGAACAGGCAGCAGAGUGAGAAACUGCAGGAGGAGCUCCAAGUCCGUGAACUGUCUAUUUCUAAGCUCAAUGAGGAGAUCCAUCAGAAUAGGCAGCAGAGUGAGAAACUGCAGGAGGAGCUCCAAGUCCGUGACCUGUCUAUUUCUAAGCUCAAUGAGGAGAUCCAUCAGAACAGGCAGCAGAGUGAGAAACUCCAGGAGGAGCUCCAAGUCCAUGAACUGUCUAUUUCUAAGCUCAAAGAGGAGUUCCAGCUGAACAGCCAGCAGAAUGAGAAACUCCAGGAGGAGCUCCAAGUCUGUGAACUGUCUAUUUCUAAACUCAAUGAGGAGAUCCAUCAGAACAGGCAGCAGAGUGAGAAACUGCAGGAGGAGCUCAAAGUCCGUGAACUGUCUGUUUCUAAGCUGAAUGAGGAGCUCCAGCAGAACAGGCAGCAAAAUGAGAAACUCCAGGAGGAGCUCCAAGUCCGUGAAUUGUCUAUUUCUAAGCUCAAUGAGGAGCUCCAGCAGAACAGGCAGCAGAAUGAGAAACUCCAGGAGGAGCUCCAAGUCCGUGAACUGUCUAUUUCUAAGCUCAAUGAGGAGCUCCAGCAGAACAGGCAGAAUGAGAAACUCCAGGAGGAGCUCCAAGUACGUGAACCCUCUAUUUCUAAGCUCAAUGAGGAGCUCCUGCAGAACAGCCAGCAAAAUGAGAAACUCCAGGAGGAGCUCCAAGUUCGUGAACUGUCUAUUUCUAAGCUCAAUGAGGAGCUCCAACAGAACAGGCAGCAGAGUGAGAAACUGCAGGAUGAACUGAACAUUUGUCAAAUGUCUGUCUUAAGGCUCAGAGAUGAGCUGAGGGAGGCACAGACAGCUCUGAUGAAGACGGCAGACUCUGUUCCUCCGUCUCCUUCUCCGUCUCCUUCACCAUCUCCAUCUCCAUCCCCUCAGCCACAGUCCUCUGCUCCAUCCUCCUCCACCACCCAGCCCAAGAGAAAGGGAGCCAAACAACCGGCUGGUAAGGGAAGCAGUGUCAAAGAUAAACCAUCUCUGUCCAAGAAGACCUCUGCUGGUUCCAGCCAGUCCUCCCACAGAUCUCACAGCUCCCGGCCGAACAGCAGCUUCGAACAGCAACAUGUGGCCGUGUCGGACUCGUUCACGCAGACCGAACCUCUCCAAAUGUUGGACUUCAGCGCGGAAAGCACGUCUGCCGCUAAAGAGGAGAUGGAGGAGGUGAUCGGCGAGUUUCAGGAGAAGAUCGUGCAGAUGCAGGAGCUCCACGCUGCAGAAAUCCUGGACAUGGAGGCUCGGCAUAUCACGGAGAGCGAGAACCUGCGGCGGGACAUACAUGCACUGGAGGAUGAGUGUAAAGCACUGAAGUCUGUCAUCGUCAAGCUGCGCUCUGCUGAGGCUCCAUCAUUAAGACAAGAGCGUUCUGUGCCUCAGUUCAAAGAUGGAUACACCAGUGACAGCAGUUCAGACUACAGCCAGCGGACUGGAUGUGACCUCCCGAGUUUGCACCAGGAGUUCAGGACGACACCAGAGGGCGCCAGGAGAGAAACCGAUGAUCCUAUGCCCGACCGCAUCAAAUUGUUGCUCCGUGAGGUGCACCAGGAGGGGAUGCAGGUGCUCUCUCUGUCGGAGAUGCCGCUCCCUGGAGACGAGCCGGGCAACGUCCAAGACUGGAUGAAGGAAAGGGAUGAUUUGCUUGCAACCGUGGAUUCUCUCAAAGGCCUCAUCACUCAGAUGCAGACCCACAGAGAAACACAGGUGUCGGGCAGCGUGGACUGGCGUGCCGAGCUCCUGGAAGCAGUGAGGCAGGUGUUUGUGAGGGAGCGAAGCGUCCUGAAGAACAUCCUCUACAGCCAGUUGGACCUGCUGGACACCAGCGACGCCAUCAUCCACCUCAAUCAGCUGGAGCACAGGCUCAAUGAACAGGAUGCCCUGCACAGAGACGCCAUGGGUUCCCUCCACACUGCAGAGCGGACAAGUCUCAUCUCUGAGAUUCAUCAGCUCCGUGGUCAACUAGAGCAAAUCCAUCAAGGUGUCCGGCCUGUAGCGUCUUUGGCAGCUGAAGUUAGCAUGAGGGAGCAGAGGGAGGGAGGAGGAUUGGGAGGAGCAGCUGGAGGAGCAGCGGAGGUGGACAGGCUGCUGGUGGAGGAGCUGAAGGUUGAACUGUCCCAGACGAAGCUGGAGCUGGAGACGACGCUCAAGACUCAACACAAACACCUCAAAGAGCUGGACACACUCAGGGCCGAGGUAUCGAAGAAAGCUGCCGAGUUGGAUGCUCUCAGUGACCAGCUGACAGACGAGAGGAAGAGAAGCAGGGAUUUGCAGUGGGCCAUGGAGAAGGAGAAAUGUCGCACUGGAAGAACUGAGGAGAGUAAAAGGGAAGAGAUGGAGGACCUCCAUCUCAGUCUGGAGGAGCAGAAGAGCCGUGUGGCCCAGCUGACCCUCACCCUGAACCAGGAGCGCCAGGCCUCGUCCCAGCUCUCCCAGCAGGGUGAGCAGGAGCGUCUGAGUCUCCAAAGACGCCUCCAGGAGCUUCAGGUCCAGUUAGACACUGAGCGGGCCAAGGCCCUGGAGAUGAGUGCCACACUUGGGAGAGAAAGGGAGCUGCGGACAAGUGUCGCCUCCGAGCACGUCUCUUCCAAUGAGGAGCGGGUCGAGGAGGAAGGGAGUCUGCUGGAGAGACUGCAGAGGGAGCUGGAUAACAAACACACACAGGUGGUGCAUCUCCUCGAUCAGGUGGAGGCCCAGAAGCUCGAGGUGGUGCGGAGAGAGGAAGAGCUGAACUUGGCGAGUCAGAGGUCGAGGAGGGACCAGGAGACGCUGCAGGAGGCUCGGGGCCAGCUGGAAAACCUGGAAGCACAAAUGUCAGAGACCCAGGAGCAGCUGGAGAGAGAGAUGGAGAAAAGGAAGCACCUGGAAGAAGAGAAGGAGAGACUGGAGGAGAGGAUAACCCGAGUUGAAGAGCAGAGAAGACAAAGGGAGGGGAGCGGACCUCAGCAGGCUGAUAGUCACACUCAGGCAGACAGAGAUUCCCCCGACCGCACCACAGACUGGGUGUACCAGCAGAAAGGUGGGAAUGCGUCCCCCCACCUGCAGCUCUCUCCAUCAGCUCACACCAGCGGACCCCAUCAUGGUCCUUGGCGCACGGUCGACAAGAUCGUGGGCAAACUCCAUCUGGUUUCCUCAAAGAUCCGCAGCAUGGCGAACAAGACGACUGGCAGGCUGACUGCGGAGGUCGACAGUGAAGAGUUGUCCUGGGUGCAGUCCAGUGUUGAUGAGGUCAUUACUAUGCUGCAACAAUCCCCGGGUCUACCCUCCAUCCCUGAGAGUGUGUCCCUGCUGGCAGGAGGCUCCUCCAGCUCCUCCAACUCCCUGACGGAGCGGCUGCUGAGGCAGAACGCCGAGCUGACGGGUUUUGUCAGUCGUCUGACCGAAGAGAAGAACGACUUGAGAAACCACACGCUCCGCCUGGAGGAGGAGCUCCGACGUUACAGGCAGACUGGCCUGGGAUCAGGAGAAAGUUCCCUCAGCCGGAGAGGAGUGUCUAAGAUGGACUCGGCCAGUGUCCUGCUGUCCCACGAGCGGGAGACUUGGACUCGAGAGAAGAUCCGUCUGGAGAAAGCUUUAAAUCUGGCUCAGACGCAGGUGGCCCGACUUCGAGGAGAGAUCAGGAGCGACACCCUGCGAGAGAUGACUGGACCUGAGGCGGACAACGCUGCACUGAAGAGGAUGUAUGGUAGGUACCUGAGGUCCGAAAGCUUCCGUAAAGCUCUGAUCUACCAGAAGAAGUACCUGCUGUUACUGCUGGGCGGCUUCCAGGAGUGUGAGGAGGCCACGCUGGCGCUGCUGUCCAGGAUGGGCGGCCGGCCAUCGCUCUCCAUCCUGGAUUCCUCCAGUCAGCGGCGCCGAGGGCUGACGCGCUUCCGCUCCGCCGUCCGAGUCUCUAUCGCCCUCUCCAGAAUGCGUUUCCUCGUGAGGCGAUGGCAUAAAGCCACGGGGAUGAACUCCACAACCCUCUGCAGCGUGCACAAGAAUGGAACAGGUCAGACGUCAGGGUCAGAGGCGAGAGAUUCACCUUAUCUCCUCCACCCGGGCAGCGUGGAGAUGUACAGAGAUAAGAGCAGCGCAGGAGGAGUCUCCGGCAGCAGCCGAGGGAGAAGUGGACGAGAGUCCCCCCGGUCAGCUGUCUCCUCCACCCCCCACAGGUUUCACUUGUCCGGAGACCACGGAGCUCUCACCUGCUCCCACCUGCAGAGCUACGACCCCGACCGAGCGCUCACCGACUACAUCUCCAGACUGGAGGCUCUGCAGAGGAGGCUGGGGAACGUGACAUCAGGUGCUUCUUCGUACGCUCAACUGCACUUUGGCUUGAGACGAUAGACCGUGACAAGUUACUCUGGCUUGAAGAAUCUCAAGUUGCCUUUUCUCGUGCUGAGCGUUCUGCUGUUUUCUAUCACUCUGGUGUGGACUGUAUCUUUCCAUGUGUGGACCAAAACACAUUUUUUUUAUUCGUGUACGACAUGUUGUGUUCAGGCUUUUUGUCGACAGCACUUGAAAAACAGCUACGUUUGUAAUUUAAUCUGCCUCUUUGUUGUGGAUGAUCUGCAAAUCAUGUAUAUUUGUCUAAUGCUAAUUUAAGACCUUGUGAUUAAUUUAUGUUCGUGUUCGUAUGGGUGGAGCGUUACGUAGAGAAUGUUUGGGUUUAAUGUUGAGGAGGCUGCUACUGGAAAUCCUACACUACACUGUGUUAUGUUGCGGUCGGACAGACGACAGAGGACAUUUGUAGAGAAAGUAUUUUUGUAAAGCGUUAGGAGCUUUGAAUUUUCUGGGUAUUUUGUCAAAAACUGAAAUAAAGAGGACAACAUUAUUUCAAAGA